AUGAGGUUCUCUGCUGCCAUCUCUCUCCUCUCUGCUGCCGCUGCCCUCGCAGCUCCCAGCCACCUCACCUCCAGACAGUCGCAGCAGGCUUUCCGGAUCAGCAACAUGGCAGCCAACACCAGCUCGAUCCUCCCCGAUGCCGACUUGAAACUGACUCUCUACGACCAAGUCCGUCACGUCGAAACCGACUGUGCUAUCUACUGGGAAUACUACGACUUCUACAUCCCUCAGAGCUCGUGCGCCAACACCGGGUACAAUAUCAGUUUUGUCGCUGGACACCCGAAUGACAUUGAGGCGUUCACGCUGAGGUUCUUUACUGCUGACGAGUCUGAAUCGGGGCAGUGGACGUUCAAUAAGUCGGCGCCGAACUCGAAUUGGAUCUGCACGAUGCUGGAUCCUUCGAAGUACCAGCCGAGGGAGACGUGUGUGUUGGGUGGUGUUGUGUUUGUUCCUUUUUGA